GAAAAGGAUCUGCAGAGCACAUUUAUCCAGCGCGAGCUGCAACAUUCACAGACUUUUACACAAGGCCAAACACAGCGUCGCUGCUGGAAACGGCAUCCCAGACUGGUUCUUCUCUGGCGAAUUGGUCUUUUCCCGGGGCGCUGUCACAGCCUUUCCCUCCCCCCCCCGCAGAAGAGCAGCCCGGAGGAGCGGGAGCGCAUCAUCAAACAGCUGAAGGAGGAGCUGAGGCUCGAGGAGGCCAAGCUGGUGCUGCUGAAGAAGCUGCGGCAGAGCCAGAUCCAGAAGGAGACUUCCUCCACGCAGAAGCCCACCGGCUCAUCUGGUUCUGUGGCCACACCGCCCCCUCUGGUCAGGGGCAGCCAGAGUAUCGCUGCAGGCAAGGGAGCUCUGCAGGUGUCCUCGGGCCGGAGUUCAGGCACGGUCAUCCCCCCUCCGCUGGUGCGGGGCGGACAGCAGGUCUCCUCCAAGCUGGGCUCCCAGCAGAACGCACAGAUCGUCAUGCCUCCCCUGGUCAGGGGCGCCCAGCAGAUCCACAGCCUGCGGCAGCAGCAGCAGCAGCACUCGGGCUCGGGGCCUCCCCCCUUGCUCCUGGCGCCCCGGGCCUCCGUCCCCAACGUGCAGAUCCAGGGCCAGAGGAUCAUCCAGCAGGGGCUGAUCCGCGUGGCCAACGUGCCCAACACCAGCCUGCUGGUCAACAUCCCACAGGCCUCCCCGACCAACUUGAAGAGCUCCUCAGUGACCUCGCAGGCGGGGCUGGCAGGCAGCGGCCUGUCCUCCGCGGUGAACGCCAACGACUCCCCGGCCAGCCGCCAGGCCGCUGCCAAGCUGGCGCUCCGCAAGCAGCUGGAGAAGACCCUGCUGGAGAUCCCGCCCCCCAAGCCCCCCGCCCCCGAGCUCAACUUCCUGCCCUCGGCCGCCAACAACGAGUUCAUCUACCUGGUGGGGCUGGAGGAGGUGGUGCAGAACCUGCUGGACACGCAGGGCAAGGGGAAGCAAGGCGUGCCGAUGGCGGUCGUGGCCCCGGUGCUCAAGGACCCCUACACCUGCGCCCAGUGCAAGACGGACUUCACGUGCCGCUGGAGGCAGGAGAAGAGCGGCACCAUCAUGUGCGAGCACUGCAUGACCUCCAACCAGAAGAAGGCGCUCAAGGCCGAGCACACGAACCGGCUGAAGGCGGCCUUCGUCAAGGCGCUGCAGCAGGAGCAGGAGAUCGAGCAGCGGAUCCUGCAGCAGCAGGCCGCCUCCGGCCCCGGCACGCCCUCCGCGGGCGCCGGCUCCGCCGGGAAGGGCGGCGAGCCGCAGGCGCUGGUGACCCAGCCGAUGAAGCAGGCCCGGCCCGCCGCGCUGACUCACAGCCGGGGGGCGCCCAUCUCGCGCCACCACUCCAGCAUCAAACAGAGCCCCGGCCAGCUGUCCCGGAGCGUGCCGCAGGCAGGGACGCGGGGAGUGCUCCACACGUUCUCGCAGUCCUCGCAGCUCCAGAGCGCCGCCGCCGCCGCCGCCGCGCUGGUCACCAGGCCAGGUAAGCACGCCAUGCGUCCCGGGAACAAAGCGAGCAGCAGCGGCAGCAGCAGCAGCGGCCGCAACAGCAGCCCCGCAGCCAGUGCCUGGAGGAAGCAGAGCACCGUGAGCCCAGGGGUCACCAUGGCCUACGUCAACCCCAGCCUCUCCAUGCACAAGUCCUCCUCUGCGGUCGAUCGCCAGCGCGAGUAUCUCCUGGACAUGAUCCCCUCCCGCUCCAUCUCCCAGACAGCGCAAACAUGGAAAUAAUGCAACUGCUCCCGAUACUCUUAUUAAUAAUCGCUAAUAAUCACCAGAGUAAUAAAAUAAUAAGGAUAACCAAUCGAUCGCUCCUGAAAUCCAUCCAU